CCCUGAAGAUUUAAACAUUCUCCAUAGUAACCCACAUUGCAUUUGAGAACUUUUACAGCAACACCUCCAAUGGCGGGUAAUGAGAACAGACAAGAAUAUAGCAAUAUAACAACAAUUGAUUUUGCACACCAAAUUAAUAAGGAAGAUGUGCAAAGUAGCAGCUGUGAUGGUGACAAUAUGGGUAUCAGCAGCAACGAUGGUAUCAAAAGUACCCUGAGCAAAACACAGCCAAGGCCUCACCACAGAAAAUCUGCACAUUGGCAAGCGAUAAAUGCUGUAUUGAAAAAAGAUAAAUGCCUGUCUCAGAGGCACUUUAAUAUCAUAAAACGAAUAGGAAGUGGGUGUGCAGGUUUUAUAUUUUUAACCCAGCUGGAGGAAUCAGAUCUGUAUUUUGUUCUGAAGGUGAUGAACAGAGCGCAUCUGGAGAGCAUCAAUAAGUCCACAAGUAUUGAGAAUGAAAUUGAUGUACUCCAAUUGUUGGAUCAUCCGUUUCUUCCCACAUUAUACUAUUCCUUUGAGAUGGAUAUGUAUACUGUUCUUGUAAUGGACUACUGCCCAGGAGGAGACUUGUAUGAGGUUCGAAAUCAACAGCCUGGAGGAUUCUUCUCUGAAAAAGACACAAGGUUUUAUGCUGCAGAGGUACUGAUAGCAUUGGAAUACCUCCAUAUGCUUGGAAUUAUGUACAGAGACCUCAAACCAGAAAAUAUUCUGAUAAAAGAAGAUGGACAUAUCAUGCUCAUAGAUUUUGAUCUAGCUAUACAAGGCCAUUUCAAUCCAACUUUGGCAAGAUUUCAUUCCCUGCCCUUGCAAUGCCCUUCCAUUGAAGACAUCUCUAGAGUUUUUACAUGCUUUAACCCAGGAAACAUGUGUGGUAUCAAGAAAAAGAUGAAAUCAAGUGGCCAUAGGAAAAAGAAAAAGCUACUUUCUUCAUUGCCUGAGCUACAGACAGAACCUACAGGUGUCCAUUCCAUGAAAGCUGUGGGUACAUAUGAAUACAUGGCUCCAGAGAUUGCAGAGGGAAAAGGCUAUGGAAGUGCUGUGGACUGGUGGGCUUUUGGGGUUCUUUUGUAUGAUAUGCUUUAUGGUAGAACACCUUUUGUGGGACAUGAUGACAUAAGUACAUCUGCAAAUAUCAGGGAUAAGUCUCUUGUUUUUCCAAAAGCUCAAAGGGUGAGCACUGCUGCAAAGGACUUGAUGAAGCAGUUAUUGGUGAAAGAUCCCGCAAAAAGGCUGGGAUGCAAAAAUGGAGCUUCUGAAAUUAAGAAACAUCCAUUCUUCAAUGGAAUAGAAUGGGCAUUGGUGCUUCAGUCACCCCCUCCAAUAGUUCCUGGACCCUAUAAAUGUGAGCAAGAUAGUGAAGAGGAUUCCCACAAUUAAUUUGGUAUAAUUUUUUUAUGUUUAAUGGUGAAGAGGAUUCCCACAAGUUGCGGCAGUCCUAGUUCCAUUCUCUGAUGAACUGAUUAAAUCAUCAGAGGCGUUCGAGGCCUCUGUGAACAGAAGGGUUUGACAUUCAUGGGGUGACAUCUGUUGGCUUAAUCUAUUGCAAAAUAUGGGCAUAAUUUGCUAUAGAAGAAAACAAAGAUUGCAAUCAAGAUAAUAGACAGGCUUUGCACAAAGAUUGCCACUAGGUUGGAUGAAUAAGGUAUAUAAGAUCUGGAGGUCUUAGCUAUGCUAUACAAAACAUCAAUUUGGACUAUAAAACUUGUGGUACAAAUCAGACACCGUUUUAGUAUGAAAUUUAUUAUUCUGUUGAAUUCUAACAGCACAUUGUUUUGUGUAUUAGAUGGAUGAAAUUAUUUUAGUCUAUGAGAUUGGUUACCCUCAAGCCAAAAUGCCAAUUGAGUAUAUGGUAACCAGGCAUAUCUU